AUGGCCUUGGGGAACCACAGCACCAUCACUGAGUUCAUCCUCCUUGGACUUUCUGCUGAUCCCAAGGUGCAGGCUCUGCUCUUUGUGUUGUUCCUAGUGAUUUACCUUCAGACUCUGAUAGGGAACCUGAUGAUGUUGCUGGUGAUCAGGAUGGAUUCUCAUCUCCAUACACCCAUGUACUACUUCCUGAGUCACCUCUCUUUCCUGGAUCUUUGUUUCUCUUCUGCCACAAUGCCCAAGAUGCUGGAAAAUCUCCUGUCUCAGAGGAAAACCAUUUCUGUCAGGGGUUGCCUGGCUCAAGUCUUCUUUGUGUUUGACACUGGGGGCACUGAAGCCUGCCUGCUCUCAGUGAUGGCCUAUGACCGCUAUGUUGCCAUCUGCCACCCUCUGCUCUAUGGCCAGAAGAUGACCAACAAGCUCUGUAAAGGGCUAGCGUGGGGCUCAUGGGGCCUGGGGUUUCUGGAUGCAUUCAUCAACAUCCUACUAGCUAUAAGCUUGGACUUCUGUGAGGAUCAGUCCAUCCCCCACUACAGCUGUGAGCUGCCCUCUCUCUUCCCUCUGUCUUGCUCCGAUGUCUCUAUCAAUUUUACUGUUCUGCUCUGUUCCAGCCUCCUGCAUUCCCUUGCAACUUGUGUCCUAAUUGUUUUUUCCUAUACUGUCAUUGUCUCCACCAUCCUGAGUAUCCGCUCUUCCUCAGGUAGAAGCAAGACGUUCUUCACCUGCUCCUCCCACCUCACUGCGGUGCUCCUGUUUUAUGGUUCAGCUUUCCUUCGUUAUUUCAUACCAAACACAGGUUCACCAUUGGAGUUGAUCUCCUCUGUACAGUACAGUGUGGUCACUCCCUUAGUGAAUCCCCUCAUCUAUAGCUUGAAGAACAAUGAGGUGAAAGCAGCUGUAAGAAGGACCUUUACAAAAUAUCUCCAAUAUUUCAGGAAGCUGACCACAGAGGAUGAUGGAGAAUUAGUCUACUGGAGUAAAAUAUUCUGGUUUGGUGAUAAUCAGAGAAUUUCUUGA